AUGAACAUCAACAACAACAUCGCUUCGGCCACCCUUGUGCCACAACCGCAACCUCAACCCCAAUCCCAACCUCGCUCAGCCGCACUCCCCGCUCCCGACGGGUCCUCUUACUACGACCUGGGCUCUUUCACCCGCCGCAUUCGCACCACCAGCCUCCACGCGCAAACAUGGUUUUCCCGCGGCCUUACCUGGUCCUACGGCUUCAACCACGAGGAAGCCGCCUCCUGCUUCGAGCAGGCCCUGGCCCACGAUGCCGAUUGUACCAUGGCCCACUGGGGGCUGGCCUACGCGCUGGGACCGAAUUACAAUAAGCCGUGGGAGGCUUUCGACGACAAGGAGCUGCGUUCAACACUGGAGCGCGGGAGACAGGCAGCGGAGAGAGCGCUGGAGACGGCGGCAACGCCUGUGGAGCGCGCGCUGAGUGAGGCCUUGAUACUGCGGUAUCCCAGCGCGGAGGUGGAGGGCGCGGAGGCGUGCAUGCCGUGGAAUGGGGCGUAUGCGGAUGCGAUGAGGCUGGUCUAUCAGCAGUUUCCUGCCGAUCUGGACGUGGCGGCCUUAUUCGCAGAUGCCCUCAUGAACCAGACGCCCUGGGCGCUAUGGGAUAUCCGAACCGGCGAGCCAGCUGCUGAUGCAAAGACCCUCGAGGCGCGAGCUGUCCUGGAGAAAGCGCUGGAGCAGGAAGGGGCGCGUAGACACCCUGGCCUGUUGCACCUGUACAUCCAUCUCAUGGAGAUGUCGAAUACGCCCGAAGUCGCCCUCCCAGCAGCAGACGACCUGCGCGGCUUGGUUCCAGACGCGGGCCACCUCAACCAUAUGCCUACACAUAUCGAUAUCCUCUGUGGCCACUACCAGAAAGCCAUGGCGUCAAAUUUGGAAGCUAUACGCGCAGACCAGAAGUUCCUGGUGCGAGCUGGGGCCGUGAACUUCUACUCUCUCUAUCGAUCCCACAAUUAUCAUUUCAGAAUCUAUGCGGCGAUGUUUGCUGGGCAGUCAGAGGUGGCAAUUACGACGGCCGCGCAGCUGGAAGCCUCGCUGUGGGAAGGGUUGCUGCGGACUGAGUCGCCCCCUAUGGCGGACUGGUUGGAAGGGUUUCUCUCCAUGCGAGUGCAUGCCUUAAUACGGUUCGGACGAUGGCAGAAUAUCCUCAACUUGGAGAUUCCGAAGGACCCAGUUCUGUAUUGCGUGACUACGGCCAUGCAUCACUAUGCCAAAGGCGUUGCGUUGGCCGCGACAGCACGGCUGGAAGAAGCAGAGGAAGCACGUAGCUUGUUCCUGGAAGCCGUCAAGCGCGUCGCUCCAUCGCGGAUGCUGUUCAACAACUCCUGUCUCGACAUCCUAUCGAUCGCCCAAGGAAUGCUCGACGGCGAACUCGAGUACCGCCGCGGGAACGUCUCGGAAGCAUUUUCCCACCUUCAGAAUUCUAUCGCACUCGAGGAAAGACUUCCGUACGACGAGCCUUGGGGUUGGAUGCAACCUAUACGACACACCUAUGGCGCCCUGCUCCUUGAGCAAGGUCACGUAGAGAGAGCGGCCGAGGUCUACAGCGCUGAUCUUGGGUUUGAUGAUACGCUACCGAGAGCAAUGCAACAUCCGAAUAACGUUUGGGCGCUGCACGGCUACCACGAGUGUCUGGUGAAACUGGGACGUGUAGGUGAAGCGAGGAUUGUCGAGCCGCAGUUGAGGCUGGCAAUGUUGGUCGCAGAUGUGGAUAUCACGUCUUCUUGUUUCUGCCGGACGAACUGUUGCUGA